UGAACGAAGCUCUUGCAUUUCUUUGGAGUUGAAGUGACCCACUGACCCGUGACCCUGUAGGGUUGGAAAGCGAACCCGUGCUCCGCCCAGAGGGACAACCUUUACUAAAGGCUUUAGAAGUCAUCACUACCUCAACUGUGCUCUGCCCCGAAGACAAGGACACCCGCUUUGAAAGUGAAGCUGCAAUAGGCUCCAAGUAUAAGCAGCGAAUCGAAGAGGAAAACAGGUCACAGACAUCCAAAUAUGCGCGUUGGAGUGCGCUGGCGAGUCGUCCCUUCACGUCAUCCGGUAGCUUUGUCGUGAUGUUCAACAGUUCAGUUGAGCUCCCUUUGAACAAGAAGGGGGAUAUUUUGGAAGUUAUCAAUGGCACUUGGCAACUUCUUUACAACGUCCUGGAGAACAUCGGUCCCACAACUAUGCGCAAUGAGACAUGCGGGGAGCAGCUGCUGCAUUUCGGGCGCCCGGAGAAGAUCAUCAUCGGGGUGAUGCUGGCCAUCAUCACGGCGGUUACCGUGAUGGGAAACACGCUGGUCGUGAUCGCGGUGUGCGUGGUGAAGAAAUUAAGGCAGCCUUCAAACUACCUCCUGGUGUCUUUAGCUGUGGCCGACCUAUCCGUAGCUAUAGUGGUGAUGCCGUUUGUGAUAGUGACCGACCUCACCGGGGGCAAGUGGCUUUUUGGCGAAGUCUUUUGCAACAUAUUCAUCGGCAUGGAUGUAAUGUGCUGCACUGCCUCCAUCAUGACCCUGUGUGUGAUCAGCGUGGACAGGUAUCUGGGGAUCACACGGCCCUUAACCUACCCGGCACGACAGAAUGGUCAGCUGAUGGCAAAGAUGAUCUUGGGCGUGUGGUUGGUUUCAGCAUCCAUCACUUUGCCCCCCUUUUGCGGCUGGGCUAAAAACGUCCACACAGCCGGCGUGUGCCUCAUCAGCCAAGACUUUGGCUACACCAUUUAUUCCACAGCCGUAGCCUUUUACAUUCCUAUGCUGGUAAUGCUCUUCAUGUAUUACAAAAUCUUCCGGGCAGCCCGCAAGAGUGGUGCCAAACACCGCUUCACUGACCUUUCCCGCCGCGAGCGCCUCGAAACGGUGACUAAUGAGGCGCUACGAAUGCAGGGCCUGAAGCCUCCUGGUGUGGCGGAGGAGUGCGCCGCUUUGUCCCGACUGCUGAACCGUGAACGGAGAAACAUCUCCAUUUUCAAACGAGAGCAGAAAGCGGCCACAACACUAGGGGUUAUAGUUGGGGUCUUCACUGUGUGCUGGCUGCCAUUCUUCAUUCUGUCCACUGCAAGGCCCUUUAUCUGUGGGGUAGUGUGCAGCUGUGUACCCAUCUGGCUGGAGCGCACUCUGCUGUGGUUAGGUUACGCCAACUCCUUAAUGAACCCCUUCAUCUAUGCCUUCUUCAAUCGAGACCUGCGCUCCACUUAUCGUGACCUUCUUCGCUGCAGAUAUCGAAACAUCAACCGCCGACUGUCGGCGGUGGGCGUGCACGAAGCCCUCAAGGUUUAAAGAAGUUUCACAGCUGACAUUGACUCACAGUGAGACGUGCUGGCCCUGCGCUUGUACUAGUGUACCUCGUGGAUUGUGGCGUGUAUGGAGCAGGCCUGUAGAUAAAAUACAUUCUGACAGAAUGUGAGUCACUGUUGGUAACUCUGUGGUCCCACUGCAAAGGCAGAUAGACAGCAUUGUCAUUUCUAUGUCUGUUUAUGCGUGUGUGUUUGAGAUAGAGACUCAGUUAUGCUAUUUUUGGAAAGAAAAUCAUGGAGUGAACUUGUGAAAUAUUCAAGUCGACACUGCUUUUGUGCAUUUAUUGUUGGGUGACACAAGCUGUGUUACAUAAUCUGUCAUUUUUGUGGUCUUCAUAAAUAUGAAGGCUGAUCAAUUUCUGUAUACUAUAAAAUUAUGUUCAAUAAGGAACAGGGGUUGAGCAAAAUGUUCUUCUGUUGAACAUAUCCUGUGUAUUUUACUGUGCACUUGAGGUAUCACCCGCAUCGCUUCUCUCUUAGAAGUCGUAGUUUUAAAAUGCUUGUAUCACUGAAUUAACGAAGAAAGAUAAUAAAUGUUCCACAAAUUGUUUAAACUGUGAUUAUGAAAGAUGACAUGGAUUUCACCAAUGAAAAUGUCAGUGAUUUGUUUGGUGUAUGCCUGAAAGAUCUGUCCUACAUUCCCCUUUUAGAUCCGAACUCGUCAAACGUCACCAUAAGUGUUCCAUAUUUCACAUUAUCACACUUGAAUUGUAUCUGUCUUGAGUUUUUUCAACUGCUGUUGAUUUUCACACCACAGUUGUCUUGCUGACCUUAAAAAAAAGGAGCAAGUAAACUUUGCUUAAUAAGAUAUUGUGAUUUAGAGAAGUGAUUCUCAAUAGAGAAGCGGUGGGUCGUGUAGCCAUUUUGGAUGGAUUGCUGGCAUGUAAUAAAAACCUCUAGGGGACCCUCAGUUUAAAGGGACCCAAGGAUAAAAGACUUGUUGUUCUUAAAAGAUAAACAUUAUUGUUAACACUUUAUAAUAACUAUCCGUUUUACUAGUUAAUAAAUCAUUAGUAAACUGUUGAUAAAUGAUUUAUUGUUGAUUUGUGAAGUAUUUGUUAAGUUUGUUAAGCAUUUACAGGGUGUUCCAAUAUGGUUGAUCCCAUUCUAAAUGCCCAUGCUCAUUGAUGGAUUUUAAUAAAACUAUAUACACUUUAUGUUGAAGGUCAUAAGUUUUAUUGGUUAAAUAUACAAAGAAGAGUACAAAUAUUUGUUGGUUCUAUGGCAGAUUUUCAUAAAUGUGCAACAUGAGCGCUGCAUGCAAAAUGCCUUAUCAAAAUUGACAAGGAUGCACUAAAGGACCCAAAUGCUCGACAGUUCAAUCCAAAGAUUUAUUUUCCAGUUCAUAAAGUUCAAAAAAGGAGGUUAACAAAAAUUCACAGUAUCGGCUGGACAUUAAUCAACAAAAAUUCACAGCAACAGCUGGACAUCAAUCAACUGAGUAGAUUUCACUAGAAACAAAAAGGCAUUAGUUCAAAAACUUGAAUCGUUCUCAAAAAGGGGCUUACACAAGGACGUGGUGUAGAACGUGGCAGGAUAGCAGACAAACCGACACUGGGCAAGGUUAGAAGCAGGCUAUUUAUACAGAGGGUCACAUGUGGACGCAAUCAGCCUGAUUGGCAAAGGCAGGAAGUAAAGUUAACUCUAGGAGGCACGCCACUAACAAAAUAAAAGAAUCUGACAUGAAUCAACACAAAACACUAACAAGACUUCCGAGACGUGACAAAAAUGCCUUUUCUUUUGAAGUGAACGGCAUUUCUUAACCUGAAAGAUGAAAUGCCAAACAUUACACAGUGUUUCAGGUUAACAACACAUUGUAAAUGCUUAACAAACUGUUAACAAAUAUUUCACAAAUCAACAAUAAAUCAUUUUUCAAUAGUUUACUAAUGAUCUAUUAACUAGUAAAAUGGAUAGUUAUUAUAAAGUGUUACACAUUAUUAUUAGUUAAAAUAAUUUGAUAUUACAAACCCUCAAUGUUUUUGUUUUUAUACAAUUUAAUAAAACUAGUUUAACUAGGAGGUCGCCAUUGUUGUUGACGUCACAGGGCGGUGAUGUCACUAGGCUACACCGGACUUCCAGAGUAUGACCUUAGUGCAGUGGUUCUUAACCUUGCUAAAGGUACCGAACCCCGCAAGUUUCACAUGUGGAUUAACUGAACUCUUCGGAAUUAUAAAAUGAAGCCAGUUUUCCCCCCCAAAUUCAAAUUCAUCUAAGCUAGCAAGCUAAUAAUUUAGCAAAUUCCUGUUCAAAAUUCUUCUUUUGACAGCGUGUUUUAUACACAGGUCAAAAUUUGAGACCACGCUGCCCAUUGGUCUGUUGUAUUCCCUCAUAUCAAGUGCGAGUCAACCUUCAACUGAGCAAACCAGUUUCUCUUCUCAUCAGAUCAAGGACUAGCAGUUAAAAGAAAUGGAUUACUGUAAUUUUCGCACUAUAAGGAGCACCUGACUAUAAGCCGCCACCCACUAAAUUUGGCAUGAAAAUGGCAUUUGUUCAAAGAUAAACCGCACCGGACUAUAAGCCGCAGCUGUCCUCACUGUAUUAUGGGAUAUUUACACCAAAAGAUAUUAACCGGUAACACCUCAUUUGACAGCGGCAUCAUACGACUGUCUUAAGACCAAAUGAACAACCAUUGCUUCAUUUGGCUAUCACUGCUCCCUAGGGGGAAGACAGUCAACCUCUUCUGCCACCUGCUGUCAACACUGUUUUUGUCCAACAUGCCUCCUAGCAUGCAUUGCAGCGCUACAGAUGUAAAUAACAAUCAAAAUUCAUGUUCUGUGCUAAUUAUUUCUUCAAUUACUGUUCCAGUGUUUUUAUUCAUUGCUAGUUAUGGUAUUUGGUAACACUUUAUUUGACAGUGGCGCCAUAACACUUGUCAGUAGACAAUUAUGACAUUACACUCUCAUGAGCAUUAAUAAAUGCUUAUAACAGAUGUCAUUUAGUAUUAUCUGGCAAAUUAUCUCACUUUUGAAUGGAUGUAUAAAUCCAAGCUGGAGAUAAAUGGAGUUAGUGACAAAAUUUACUGGAUGACACUUAAUGACAUCCGUCAUAAGCAUUCAGUAAUGCCCAUGAUAGUGUCAUAUCAUAAUAAUGACGGUCUUAUGACAGUCUUAUGACGCUGCUGUCAAAUAAAGUGUUACGUACUAACCCAAAUAAAGCUGCAGGAUUGAAAAUGAAGGAAAAAAGUAGCUGCUUACAGUCCGAAAAUUACGAUAAGCCUGUAAAUGAAAAAUAAACCAAUCUAAAACCUGGUCUAAAAAGCCACUUUGCCUAUAUUUAAUCAGCGUAUGAAAAUAGGGCUUUGCAUUUCAUUACCUUCGCUGAAUCCCUUAGACUUACUCACCGAACCCCUGGGGUUCGUUCGAACCCAGGUUAAGAACCACUGCUCUAGUGUCAUAAACAUGUCAUCUGUUCAGCCCUUUAAUUUUGAACCCGAGAGAACCAUUAAUGAGCAUGACAGCACUGUCAAUAUUUAACAAAACGAGCAGCAAAAGCAAAAUGAACAGGAAAAACGGGAUGAGACGAGGGCAUGAGAAAACCCGUGUCCAAAAUGUGCUACACCGGUGAAACGUCCUACAAGAGGCGAAUUUGACACCAAAGUACUACCGUGCACUUUCAGUUUGUUUUGUUUAGAUGCAUACAGACGGAAGAUACUAAGGAUGCCUUAAGAAAGUACUUAAACGUGGUAAUAUCAAAUAAGGGUGGUUGAACAUAUGCUAUGUGACUAAUGUAGUGAACAGAUCAACGAUAUGCUUUAAAGCUACCACAAGAAAACCCAAUGCUUAAAACUAUUGGAGGGAAACACAGGCAAAAAGUAUUUUGAGGCAAUAAAAAGGUAAUAAAAGACUCAAUCAAAACACAAAUAGUAAGUGCUCGUCGCUUUUAAACGAUGUGCACAUGUGUUGGACGUCUUGGCGUGGAGAAGGAGUUAGAGAACACCAGUAGUGUUCGUCUCUUGACAGUGACAAACUACGUCGUCACCCCGAGCGUCCAUUGGGCGCAUAAAACAAGGCGCCCUCCGUAGGUCAAAACAUGUACUAUAAAUUAUAGAUUUUUAAAUGAAUAGCAAUAUUUUAUGUGUUUCUAAUAAAAUAUUUUGAUAAAAGAGAACAAUUGUGGCUUAUUAGAGCCUACAAGUCUUAAGUCCGAGGUUCCCUUUAAGGCUUUUCUUGUAGUAUGUUUACUAAAAAGAACUACUAAUGUUGCACUUUAAUAAAUAAUAGAUAGAAGCCAAGAUAUUCAAUAUUGUGCAAACCGUUGUCAUAUUCAACCUUAGCUUCUUAAAAGAGGUGCUCUGAAUGGCACUUUUUACUUGUAAAUGUGUAUUUAUGUUCAAAAAUAUAUGAGUCAUUUUGCCGAAACCAGAUAUUUGCUACCAAGUGUCAAAAUGUGAUACGGCCACUGAACACAUUGUAAGAUGUCGAUUGAUUACUAGAUGAUUUGUCGUAAUAAUGGGUCCAUCACUACACAUUAUCAAAAUGGUUUGCACACUCACCUAUUCACACUGUUUUGUUUCUGUUAUUUCUUUCUUUUGCUAAGUAUUCCCUCCCCACUUGCUGUCCUCUCGGCAAGAGUAGGCAGCAACGCUACUUGUAUAAUGAAGCAUAUAUAUUAGAGCUAUCCCGACUAGUCGACGUAGUUGACUUCAUCGAUGACGUAAAUGCGUCGACAAGCACAACAUCCCGUCGACGGUUAAUGAACGGUUAUAAAAAUAUAUGCGUGGAAAGUUGAGAAUUUCGGAUGCUCGGUAUGUAAGCGGGGAAAGUGGCACAAAGCCAAAAAAGCGUACCAGAGUGGCCAGAACAUUGAAUUAUUUCAACGAAACAAAGGAGGGUACACUGUUGUGUCCUGUCUCUUCAGUGCCACGCUUGCAUAACAAGCUGAGCGGGCUGUAAAUCAGUGCUUCUCAAUUAUUUUCUGUUACGCCCCCCCAAGGAAGACGUAAAUGUUUCGCGCCCCCCCCCCAACUCUCUGCCGCCACUGUAAAUAGUAUCAUUCGUCUAUAUUACUAUUAUAAGUACGCCUCAGCCUAACAUUGAGUCCUUCUUUUUCUAUUAAAGAAAAAAAGUAACAUAGAUCAACUUAUAAUAAAGUAUAACUUUUUUAACAUUGUGUUGCUUGUAACAGAAAAGACUUAACGCGCAUCAAUUUGCCUGAAGUUAAAAAAAGAAAAAAAAAAAAAAGUCACAUCCAAACUGUAAAAAUACACUCAAGGUACAUUUUUGACCAUUUGAUACUGAAAAAUAAAAUGUAAUAAAAUCAGUAAAUAAUAACAAAUUCAAAUUGAUUAGAAACAUUUACUCUUCAGGACAACAUGCCAAAAAAUUUGACCAAAAAAAACCCCAAAACUGAAUAGAAGGGGGGGGGGAAAGUCUUUGGACAGAAGGAAAGUUUUUAUUUUCGCUGAUUCACCACAGUGCUCACUGGUUUACUGAUAUAACACUGACAAAGCGGGACGAUUGUGACAAUUGGCAAUAUUCGGCACAUUUUCGCUGAAAAACAAUCAAGCGGCUUAUCAAUGAGAUUGAGGUCUAAUGUCUUUAAGUGGCGUCUUAACUGAUUUGGCUUCUCCGCUAUAAUCAUUUUUAGACUCAGUAAACAGUGGUCUUUCCUCAUUUCCCACUCUAUUAAAAGUCAAAGGCAAACGGCCCGAAAAAAGCGCAUUCUCGGCGGCCGAGGGAGAACCGUAGGUGAGGGCGGUGGUCGUGACGAUCCCAAGCCGAAGACGGCACUUCUCGGCCUGACACGUGAGAACCGAAGAAGACAGUGGGUCGCUGCGUGAGUCCAGCUCUGCAUGAGUCUCUUCCGUGUGCUCUUGCUUACUUCAAAAAUACUGCACGCACUUUGAAAAUGAGAGCGCCACUGCCACCCACGGAGUGGAUGUGCAAGUACACUUUAUUCUAGUACGGCAAAAAAAAAAAAAAGCAUGUUCCCCGAGGUCACUCGCGCCCCCCCUGGCAUUGCUCUGCGCCCCCCUGGGGGGGGCGCGCCCCACCAUUUGAGAAGUACUGCUGUAAAUGAACACCUAAAGCGCUGUCACCCAGUUGUAAUUUUGGAAGACGACAGGAGACAACAAGCUGGCAGAUCGUAAGUCCAUCUAUCUAACUAACGACAUGUUUUAUUGAAGUUGCUAAGCCUGCUGCGAUAUGCAAUGAGUCCAUUUAUCGCACGGCAAAUAAAAAUGAGGGCGGUAAUUUUCAUGGCCGCGUUUUAUCGCCGCGUGCGUGUGUGUGUAUAUAUUUGUGCGUGCUAUAAAACAUUUGCAGUCUUCUCCAAAACACAAACUUGCAGUUAAAAGGUGACACUUCAAACAUAAAAAAUAGCUGGUUAACAGCAUUUGCAAAAAAAAAAAAAAAAAAAAAAAAAAAAAAAAAUAU